AUGCAGCUCUUAAAAAAAUUAAGUAAUCCAUUUAAAACUUCAGUAAGAAGAUUUUCUUUAGUAACAAAAAAAGCUUAUGAUUUUAACGCACAAGGAUUAAACAAGAAUAACGAAAUUGUAAAUGUUCAAUUAUCCUCCUUCUUGGGUCAUAAGUAUUGUUGUUUAUUGUUUUAUCCUUUAAAUUUUACUUUCGUUUGUCCGACUGAAAUAAUAGAAUUUAAUAAACAUGUAAAAUCAUUUGAAAGUAGAAAUGUUGAGUUAUUAGGAAUAUCAGUUGAUUCUGUGUACAGUCAUUUAGCAUGGAAAAAUAUGCCUAUUGAAAAAGGAGGAAUAGGAAAUGUUAAUUUUACAUUAGUAUCAGAUAUAAAUAAAGAAAUUUGCAAAAAUUAUAAUGUUUUACAUAAUAAUUCAUUUGCUUUAAGAGGUCUAUUUAUAAUUGAUUUACUAGGAAAUAUUAGGCAUAAAACAGUUAACGAUUUAUCCAUUGGCAGAAAUGUAAAUGAGGUUUUAAGAAUAAUAGAUUCAAUAAUUCAUGUUGAUAAAAGUGGAGAUGUAUGCCCUAUAAAUUGGAAAAAAGGAGAUAAAUCAUUCAAACCGAAUCAAGAAUCUUUGUUAGAUUACUUAAAUAAUGAGACAAAAAAUUAA